GAUUUAAGAGUCAAGCUGGAGCAUGAGAGAGAGAAACGCAUCAUCCCGUUCCAGCGACCUCUGAAAAUCAAGGAGCUGCUCCAGAAGGUCACAGAGGCCUUUGGACAACAGAUGGACCUCUUCUACACAGACAAAGAGCGUCUGGUUCCUCUAAAGAGCCAGGAGGAUCUAGACAAAGCGGUGCUCAACGUGGGCUCUAGCAGCCUGCUCAGACUACUGCUGAAAACUCCCAAGAACAACCACUUCCUACAGGUGGGCAGCUGGGACAAACAGAGCGAGCUUAGGUCGUCCCGUUCUCUAGGGGAUCUGAAGGGUUGUACACUCAAGAGCUCAGAGAGGGUCCGAAAACACUCCACAGGUUCUCUCCAUGCAGGUCGUAGGUCCCCCCCUCCAGGCUCGGUCCCAGAGGAGCAGCAGCAGAUUGCCAGGCAGGGCUCCUUCACCUCUAUUCACACAGAGGGAGAGUUUAUACCUGAGGGCCUGGAUCACAAGGGACAGUUUAUACCUGAGGGCCUGGAUCACAAGGUAAGAGACAACAUAAUAUUCUCUGUCACUAAGAGAAAGUUUAUACCUGAGGGCCUGGAUCAGAAGUUCAACAUUCACAGGUCUCAGGGCCAGACGGAUUACCAGGACUCCUACUCAGAGCAUACGCUGACCAGCUGA